AUGGGCGGUGGUGACGGAAGGGACGAAAAGGACAAAAAGAAGGAUAAGCCCAAGUACGAGCCCCCCCCAAGGCCAACCACCCGCGUCGGCCGCAAGAAGAGAAAGGCUGGCGGCACAAGCGCAGCAGCAAAGCUUCCUGCCGUCUAUCCCACCGGCCGAUGCAAGCUCCGACUACUCCGGAUGCAGCGGGUCCACGACCAUCUCUUGCUGGAGGAAGAGUACGUCGAGAACCAGGAGCGACUGCGCAAGGCCAAGGCCGCCAAGGAGGGCUCCAUCGCCGGCGCCGAUGCCGACGUCGACCGGUUAGCCGACGAGCGCGGCCGCGUCGACGACAUGCGUGGCAGCCCCAUGGGAGUCGGAACGCUCGAGGAGCUGAUUGACGACGACCACGCCAUCGUCAGCAGCACCACGGGUCCCGAGUACUACGUCAGUAUCAUGAGCUUUGUCGACAAGGACCUCCUCGAGCCCGGCGCCAGCGUCUUGCUGCACCAUAAGAGCGUCAGCAUCGUCGGCGUCCUGACCGACGACACGGACCCCCUUGUCAGCGUCAUGAAGCUCGACAAGGCCCCGACCGAGUCUUACGCCGACAUUGGAGGCUUGGAGCAGCAGAUUCAAGAGGUCAGAGAGUCGGUGGAGCUUCCGCUGCUCCAUCCCGAGCUGUACGAGGAAAUGGGCAUCAAACCUCCCAAGGGCGUCAUUCUCUACGGCGCUCCCGGAACAGGCAAGACGCUCUUGGCCAAGGCCGUCGCCAACCAGACGUCGGCCACGUUUCUACGCAUUGUUGGGAGCGAGUUAAUCCAGAAGUACCUCGGCGACGGCCCGCGGUUGGUCCGACAACUCUUCCAGGUGGCGGGCGAGAAUGCGCCUUCGAUUGUCUUCAUCGACGAGAUUGACGCCAUCGGCACCAAGCGCUACGACUCGACCUCUGGAGGGGAGCGCGAGGUGCAGCGGACCAUGCUGGAGCUCCUCAACCAGCUCGACGGCUUCGAUGACCGAGGCGACGUCAAGGUCAUCAUGGCCACCAACAAGAUUGAGACGCUGGAUCCUGCCCUGAUCCGGCCGGGCCGCAUCGAUCGCAAGAUUCUGUUUGAGAACCCCGACCAGAACACGAAGCGCAAGAUCUUUACGCUGCACACGUCCAAGAUGAACCUGAGCGACGACGUGGACCUGGAGGAGUUUAUCUCGCAAAAGGACGACCUGUCGGGUGCGGACAUCAAGGCGAUUUGCUCCGAGGCGGGCAUGAUGGCGCUGCGGGAGCGCCGCAUGCGCGUGCAGAUGGCCGACUUUAGGUCUGCGCGGGAGCGGGUGCUCCGGACCAAGCAGGAGGGCGAGCCGGAGGGUCUGUAUCUGUAA